CGUUCAGCGCGUUCUUGUGGUAAACAGGUACAGAGGAAUGGCACUCCGCAAGACUCUGCCAAACUCACGGCGCCUCCCGAGCGCUCGGAGUGAAGACAGUCAGUCUCUCUAGUGGAUGUUAUAACUUCGGCGUGUCACUCGAAUGGGAUAUAUGCUUUUGCUUCAUUUCUUUUAGUUUAGUCGCUCACCGAUCACCCGGCGCAGCCUCUCAUCACCUUAUUCCGCAUCUGCACCCUCUCGCUUCGGGCGGAUCCUUCUGUCAUCCAGAAACGACUGCUUCAUGGGGCACACACCUUCAGACGAAAAAUGUCCCUCUCUCAGCUUCUAGGCGCACCCACGAAGUUGAUAACAUUAGGACCAGGGCUGUCGUUGCGCGUCUGUGAACUGUGUCCUGGGAACUGAGAUGGGUGUCUCGGUGGCAGCGACCCUACACGAGCCCCGAAUUCCGCACCAGUGGAACCGGAUAGUGGGACACUGGGUAUGGAUUGCUGUCUUGUCAUUUCUUGCCACGUUCCCGAUACAACAACUUGGCGCGUUCCCGUCUUCUCUAAGCGACUGUCAGACUCCAACUGGAUGGAAUUGCUCGGGUGAUGAUGAUGGGGACACGGAUCUCUUCCUUUGUGACACCAACACUUGCAAGUUUGACGGCGAGUGUCUCAGAAUCGGGGACAUCGUAACAUGUAUAUGCAACUUCAAGUGCAACAAUGACUAUGUUCCUGUGUGCGGCUCUAACAAUGAAAAUUAUGAAAAUGAGUGUUUUCUUCUGAGAGACGCCUGCAAGCAACAGACUGAGAUUCUGAUGGUCUCUGAAGGAUCCUGCCCUGCCGGUGCUGGUUCAGGAUCAGGAGAUGAAGCAGGGAACGAGGGUUCUGCAGAGAAUGGACAAAAGGAGACGUCCACCUGUGACAUUUGCCAGUUUGGGGCGGAGUGUGACGUGGAUGCAGAAGAUGUCUGGUGUGUCUGUAACAUCGACUGCUCCCACAUCAGUUUUAACCCAGUGUGCGCAUCAGAUGGCCGUUCUUAUGACAACCCCUGCCAGGUGAAAGAAGCGUCGUGUCAGAGGCAGGAACGAAUCGAGGUCAAGUUCCUGGGUCACUGUCAGGGCGACAUGAUUACAGGCACCAAAGCAGGAGAUGGACAAUAUGCUAGGACAGACUACACAGAGGAGAAGCCUGAAGUUUCAGAGGUGGCGCGAGGUCUUUACAUCCCUUGUCCUGAACAUUAUAAGAACUAUUGUGUUCAUGGAGACUGUGAAUAUCCCAACAUGCUCUCAACGCCGUCCUGCAGCUGUCACUCAGGAUUCAGUGGUCCACAGUGUGAGACUAAGGAAUAUAACGUGCUGUAUGUGGUGCCUGGCUCUGGAAAACUGCGCUACAUCCUCAUUGCGUCUGUCAUCGGAGCUCUGCAGGUGGCCAUCAUAUGCGUAGUGGUGCUGUGUAUCACCCGAAAGUGCCCACGGACCAACAGAACCAACCGACAGAAGCAGAACACGAUGCACUACAACUCUGAAAACACCCUGCGCGCCUCCACCCGCCUCAUCUGAGCGCUUGGAGCAAUCAUGAGAAGAGAAUCAUGAGAAACGUAGUUUGGACGGAGGACAGAAACAAGCGUGCACUCUCUGUCCCCACACAGAGACACUUCAUCCUGCUGGAUGACGGGAUGGAUGAUGGUGCAGAUUUUAUGAUGGGAGGAUGAUGGUAUACACGCGAUGCCUUGCACCUGUGGCACAGGACACUAACAGAGAAUUUUAGGACACCGUGAUAGGACAAGUCCUGUUUCUUGGUUAUGUAUGGGUAAUAUUUCCAAUAGUUAAUUUGUUUGUC